AAAUUGCUAAAAGAGAACAAGAAAUCAGCAUAGUUGUCCCUAUGGUAUAAAUCCAUUUUUUUCCAUUUUUUCUCCUUUUUACCCUUUCCAUAUGUUAAAAUUAAUGUAAUAAAUAGUUAUAAGAAUCAAAAAAAUUAUUAAAAAUAUAAAAAACUAAUAAAACACCCAUUUACACAAACACAUAUUUUUUUAGGUUUGAAAAACAUAAUAAAUAAUGUUUUUAAAUUACGUUCUACUAAAAGUAGAAUUCUGUUUCUACACAAAACGGGUGAGUAGAAAAUGAAUUCUAGAAUGAACACAUCCAUCUACUUGUUUUAGAACGUAAAAACUACUUUUUACUAUAAUUCUAAAUAUGGGGAAUACGAAUUCUACUAUUUGUAAUGAUCGCUACUUUUAUUCAGAAACAUGUUUCUACUUUUAUCGAGUAUUCUAAGUUAUCAGGAAUGCAAAAUCUAAAACAUACACGAACGUCCACAUAGUGUAGAAAUUACAUUCUGGAAUUUUGUUAUGUUCUACACAGUGUAGAAGGUGCCUUCUACGGAUAAAAAAACUGAAUUUUCGAAAAUUAAGGAAGUUGCAGUUUUAAAAAUAUUCUAAAAAUAUUCUAACUUCCUAAAACGUGUUUUCAUUGAUUUGCUUCGUGAAAAAUUUAAAAAAAAACGAUUUUGAAUGUUCUUCUUCACCAAUCUAUGAUUUCCCCAUGAUUUUUCUAUAGUUUGUCUUGUGAUUUUCACAAAAACUUGUUCUAUGAUGCAUAUCUAUACAACAUGUGGUGUUUGGGAGUUUGGAGCAACCACGGGAUGGGUUUUUUCGGCUGAUGAGAAAGGGGCUAGGCUACUGUUAUUGGAAUCAAGUUCUACCUUAGAGGUUUUUAAAAGAAUGGUUUUGGAAGAUUUUGAUAUGGAAGAAGAUAGCUUACCCGAUUUGGAGUUGAGUUAUCUACCUAAUGAGUUGAUCAAUACAUCAACUUGUCCACCUGUGAUCAUUGCGAAUGAUCGACAGCUUCAGAAUUUUGUUGGUUUUGUUCAAAAGUGUGUUUCUACUCGAUUGUGUGUAACGUCUAAAGCCAAAGUUGAGAAUCUGAAUGAACCAGACUUUGAUCUUAACAAGUCGCCAGCUGAUUCAAGUUCUGCUCAAGAGGAGGGAAACUCGGUUGAUAGGGGGAACGAACCAGCUCCUGUGUUUGUUGAGAGGCAGUGCGAGAAAAAGAAAGAAAAGAUUAGAAGAGUCGAAGUUGAUGAGGAUGCCUAUCAUGCCGAUACCAUGAUCUCGGCCAAAGAGGACAUACAUAAGAUGUCAAAGUUUUCUGUGCUCAAUGUUGUUAAGAAGGGACAAUUGUUUGAGAACAAAACUUUGCUGAAGGCGACUUUCGAGAUAUGUGCAAUGAAGCAUAACUUUCACUACGAGGUUAUCAAAACGGAUAGACAACUUUGGUACGUUAGAUGUGAGGAUAAUGCAUGCAAUUGGUGUGUUCGAGCAGAGUGUUUGAAGGAUUCUGAAUAUUUCAUUAUCAAAAAGUAUGUCGGUGAACAUACAUGCGCACCUUCAAACAAAACCAAACCGGGUAGGACUGCUUCGGCCAAAACUAUAGGCAGUCUGAUUAUGCAUAGGUAUGAAGGGGUUAAGGAAGGGCCAAAAUGCAAUGAUAUAAUACAGAUUAUGCUUAUGGAUCAUGGCUGUGAGAUCACGAAAUCUUUAGCAUGGGAUGCUCGUGAAUAUGCGGUUAAUGCUGUUAGAGGUAUACCAGAGAGAAGUUAUGGAAAAAUACCGAAAUACUUGCACAUGCUCAGAGAGGCUAAUCCGGGAACACAUUCAUCGUAUGAGAUUGACAGCAAUGGGAGAUUUCGGUACCUGUUUAUUGCAUUUGGGCAAUCGCUACGAGGAUUUAACAGAGUCAUAAGGAGGGUUAUUGUGGUUGAUGGCACUUUUCUGAAGAACAAAUACAAAGGAGUUCUAUUGGUUGCAACUGCUGUAGACGGAAAUUCUAAUUUGUAUCCUCUUGCAUUCGGAGUAGUCGACUCAGAGAAUGAAAAUUCUUGGGAAUGGUUUAUGAGACAACUAAAUAGUGUCAUUGCUGAUGAUCAUCAUUUGGCUUUCAUUUCGGACAGACAUGCGGCCAUUGCUAAGGCGCUUGAGACUGUGUAUCCAACAGCUAAACAUGGUAUUUGCAUUCAUCAUUUGUUGAAUAAUGUGGUAACAUAUUACCAUGGGAAAGGACUUGUUGGGUUGGUUGCAAAGGCGUCCAAGGUUUAUAGAGUUGCUGAGUUUGAAAAGAUAUUUGCUAAUGUGUGUAAUAUCAGUCCGGCAAUUGGAAAAUACCUAAGGGAUGCUGAAGUCCAAAAGUGGGCAAGAUGUCAAUUCUCUGGAUAUAGAUAUGACAUAAGGACAACAAACCCUGCCGAAUCCAUCAACUCUGCUUUGCGUUCGCCGAGAGAGUAUCCAAUCAUUCCCUUGUUGGACAGUAUCAGAGAAAUGCUGACUCGGUGGUUUUAUAACCGUAAGAAAAAGAUUUCAAAGCAUAAUCAUCCUCUUACCGAAGAUGUGGAGAAAAAGAUUGAAAGGAGAACCGAGAAAGGCAAAAGAUUUGCAGUUUACCCUGUCAGCGAUGGUCGCUUGCUUGUUAGAGGUGAUAAAAUCGACUGCUUAGUUGAUUUGGAUAGACGUACUUGCUCAUGUGGGAAGUACAACCUGAUGAAGAUACCUUGUCGGCACGCAAUUAAAGCUGGGUUUCAUGUUGGAAGACAGCCACACACAUUAACUGAUUUAUUUUACACUACAGAAGCUUGGCGAGAAGCUUAUCAUGAAAGCAUCAAUCCUAUUGCUGUUCCUGAGGAUGCUUGGUCCAUGCCAGAAGAUGUUGUCGUGGACAAUGUGCUACCACCAGAGUCAAGAAAAUCAGUUGGAAGGAAUAGAAAACGCAGAUAUGAAACUGUUGAAGAUAAACUUCGGUCAUCGCAAACAUCACAAAAGAGGCAGCCUCGCAAGUGUAGUAGAUGUGGUAUUAGUGGGCACAACAGAGCAACUUGUAAAAUACCAAUAUAGUCAGUCACAUAUGGUUGGUAUGUUCAAGUAUGCAAGUUGUGGUGUUUGAAAGUGCAGUGUUGCCUUGUCUCGUAUGGUUUUUUCUUCUAAAAACAAUCAACUUUGUUUAACUUUGGCUACUUUGGAUAAUUCUCAUAUGGUUAUUUUAUCA